CUGAGUAGCUUAACAAAAAUAAAGAUUUUCCUGCUUAUUAAUUAUAUUGUGAGAAAAUAUGCAGUGUAAAGAGGAGUGCCAAGUUUUCCGUCCCAUUGCAACUUUCUCCCAAAACAUAUGGAGAUAUCAAUUUCCUCCUUUUUCUUCAGCUGAUGAGUUGUCUCAGGUGUUUGAUUCUUUAACCAAAGAAACAGCCCCUUUGAAAGAGAAAGUGAAGGACAUAUUGAUGGGUUCUACUCCGGAUCCCGUUGAGAAGGUUAAAUUCAUCGAUACUCUGCUUCGCCUUGGUGUUUCCUAUCACUUUGAGGACGAUAUCGAAAACCAAUUGGAAACCAUUUUCACUUCCCACCACAAUCUUUUUAGCGGAAAUCACCAUGACUUGAACUCCACUUCAAUUGUGUUUCGAGUUUUCAGACAAUAUGGUUUCAAAAUGUCUUGCGAUGUUUUCAACAAAUUCAAGGACACUGAUGGUAAGUUCAAAGAAACCUUGAUCGACGAUGUUAGGGGAAUGCUAAGCCUAUAUGAAGCCGCCUAUCUUAGAGUUCACGGGGAGGAUAUAUUAGAGGAAGCCCUUGCAUUCACCACGGUACACUUGAAGUCAAUGGAAAACAAGUCGAAUCCUCAUCUUGCGAAGCAAAUAGCAAAUGCCCUUGAUCAGCCAUUGAACAAAUGCCCUCCAAGACUAGCCGCAAGAACCUAUAUCUCUUUCUAUGAGGAGGAAGACUUUAGAAUUGAGACCCUUCUUAAGUUUGCAAAGCUAGACUUCAAUCGAGUACAAGUACUUCAUAAACAAGAGAUAAGCCAAAUCGCAAGGUUUUGGGAGGACAGUAAGCUCUCUGAGCUUUCUUACGCAAGGGAGAGAUAUGUGGAGACCUACACAUGGGGCAAUUCCGUAUUUUAUGAACCUCGCUAUGCACAGGGGCGAAUAUUUCUUACCAAGAUGAUACUACUAGUAUCAAUUUUAGAUGACACAUUUGAUGCAUACGGGACACCUCAAGAGCUUCAACGUCUCAUAGAUGCAUUAAAGAGGUCAUGUGAGAUUAGUGCUAUUGAUGAGUUGGAAGAUUACACCAAAGUUAUUUGCAAGGCUGUGCUAGUUUUGUUUGAUGAAAUAGCUGAGGAGGUUAGGAAGGAAGGAAGAUCUUAUAGUGUCCCUUAUGCAAAAGAUGCUCUCAUUAGACUAGUGAACAACUAUCAAGCUGAGGUGAAAUGGUCCCAUGAUGGUUAUGUACCAGCAUUUGAGGAGUACAUGAGCAUUGCAACAAAGACGUCCACUUAUGAUACAUUUAUAACAACAUCAUUUAUAGGAAUGGGAAAAAUGGCAGCGAUAGAAGCAUUUAUAUGGCUGCGAAAGGAACCCAAAAGUAUGAAGGCUUUAAAUGUUAUAGGUCGUCUCAUGAAUGAUAUAGUGUCGCAUAAGUUCGAGCGGUUGAGACAUCAUUGUCCAUCUAGUGUGGAAUGCUACAUGAACCAACAUGGCCUUUCAAAGAAGCUUACUCUUAAAGACUUUGAGAAAAUCCUGGAGGAUGCAUGGAAGGAUUUAAAUGAAGAAUGCAUGAGACCAACAGACUGCCCGAGAGAUCUGCUCUUACGAAUUUUGAACAUUGCUCGAGCAACAUAUUUAUUUUAUAAGCAUGAAGAUGGAUACACAAAACCAGAAUAUGUGAAAGAUGAUGUCCGUGCACUGUUCCUUGACCCAAUACCCGUCUAAAGGCGACCUUUUUCCAGCUUUCUUGAUGCUCCACCAUACUUUCUUCAGUGUGUUUAAACAACUGCUUUUCUCCAGGGUUUGUAUCAGAUUUGGCGACAAAUAAAAGUCAUAUUUUAUUUAAGGUUGGAUAUAUAUGUAAAAUGUACCAAAAAGUGUGGUGUACUACUAUAAACUAGUGAAUAAUCCAUGUAUGAUCAUGUAUGUUCUUGAAUCUUGAGUAAUAUAUCAAGAAUGAUCUUAGGUAUUAUCCGUAACAAA